UCUGUUCCGAAAUCCUCAAGUGUCCUUCAACUUUCUACCAUGAACUACCACCAAUGUCCCCCGACGACCCAGGCCCUAGUCAGGCUAAUCACCGUGUGUCAAAACCUGGCCUACAACGGCUUCAAAGUGCUCAUCAGCGGCGAAGACAUCUCCAAGCCCUUCCUCAAAAGUCUCAUCAUCCCGAUCCAGUACGAGCUGGAGAAUAUCUCAGCGGCGGCGGCCGCAACACCUCCACGACCUCGAACCGUUCCGGCGUCACCGAAAAGCCCUUCAACACCCCAGCGUACGAUGAGUCCACGAACGCCCCGCAGUCUUCCGCUGCGAGUGUCCACCCCGGGAACCAAGUACUACGAAGAGGACCAGGCCUGGGAGCAAGCGUACGGAAAGACCUACGGCCGGAACACGACCGUGGCGGAUGUCGCGAUGAACCGGCGCAUGGGCAGACCAAACGAACGAAAUGCGUACAGCCUGACGGAGACAUCGACCACGGUGACGCCAACCGGACUGCGUCGUCAGGUGUCGCGGACGGCGUCCGGACCGGAUGUGUCGGUGCUGUCGACGACCAAUGAGAGUUUUUCGCGGGAGUUGUCCACCUCCGGCGUUGAUACGUCGUUCUACUCGGACGCCGAGGAACAUUUGACGUAGAAGAGUUCAAACAUUUUGAAUAUCAAAUACACCAUUUUGAAAUAACAAUAGCUUGAUA